AUGUUCACACGAAAACAGGAAAAGGUCAGGUGGCAUGAACGGUACGAUGAAGAUGCUGUCAAGGCAGCAGAGGAUGAACUUGAAACGCAACAUGAAGAAAAGCUGGAAAGGGAAAGGGUCAGUCGGCAACGUGAAAGGGAGGAGAGAGAUCGUAGAGAGAGACAUGGACGAGAGAGGAGGGAGCAAGAAGAGGUGACUAGAAGGAUGGCUCUCCUUCGGAGCGACCUAACGAAUGGCCUGAAAAACUACAGAGUAGGCUCAAAAACUAACAUCGCCAGGCAGGGUAUCGACCAUGUUAACAUAGCAAUGUUUGGGCCUGCUGGGGGCGGCAAGACGAGUUUCAUUCAGAUUGCUGAAACAAUUCUCUUGGGAAGGAGCACAGUCAUCACACAAUCGGAUGCUAAAGAGGGGACGAUCAUUCUUCUGGAAUCCCUCACCGACUUAAAGUUCCAUUUGUUCGACACCGGGGGGUUCUUCGACUUGAACAAGUCCAUGCAUCAAGAGUUGAAUAACAUCCUUACAGGAAGAAUACGGCCGUCCCAGAUAAUUGCGAGAGAGGAAGACAGGGGGUCUCUUCCCGCUGGUCAGCCCAUGAGGGAGGGUCCUGUCCCGCUGACUGAAAGGAUGCAUGGCGUUAUCUGUAUUCUAGGCCACAAGGAUCCCAAAGAGUACAGUGUCAAGAUGCAAGCGAUUAGGAAAGGCUUAAAGGAGGAAGGAUACAGUCCUGUAGGCGCAGUGGCUUUUGAAAGUGAGAGGGACUACAUCAACGGCAAGGAGAGAGAAAGGCAAAUGGUGAAAAUGUCUGCAGCAAUGGGAAGUCCACGCGACAGAACGUUCGCCUUCGUCAACCAUAUCGCCACUGGAACCCACAUAUCUGCAGAGUCAGCUAUCAAAGUGAUGGAUACCCUGGACACCGCACUGAUUGCAGCAGAGGGGUACAUCAAAGUGCAGCAGCAGCGAGAGACGUACGCAAAAGAACGCGCAAAGUCCACAGACCCUGAACACGUGUCUAUCAGAGAAUUCAUGGUUCAAAUCGCGGCGGAACACUAUUGGAGUGAGUCGAAGGUGGAUGAGACAAUUCGGAAGCUGGAAGAUGAAGAAAUAUAUAACGUUGCUGGCCUGAAGCAGUUCUGGGACGAAGUGAAGCCAACGAUGAGCCUUGGAAUGAGAUCUGUCUUUCAGAGUGUCCUGUUUCCUAAGUAAAAUCGCACACUAGUAUGAUACUAUGACGCUAUGCACCAGUACUCAUCUAAACAAUACAUACAUAGUUCUAGUCCAAAUGAGGACAGAAAAACGUGGCGGACGUGUCCUCCCCAGAAAAAAAAACGUAU